CUCUGGCAUCAUGUAUGUCAAUUCUGGAGCAGAAAAUGUGUCCAUGUCUUUGAACUUUAUGGGCAGGAAGUUACGUAACCAUACUGUUGCCCCAGCAGCAAAGCAACGUGCCUGGGAGACCACUGACCUUUCUCGAUAUCAGGAGGAUCCAGUGGUCUCCACCCGAGUGGUACUUUCUCAUCCCAUCGUGUCAUCAGAGGAACUGCCAGGCAGUGUGCCUGAUCUAAGAGAACAGGUUCAGUGGCGUAGACCAUGUAACAUCCAUAAUACACUCCUACACCAGGAUAAAGAUAGAGGUGCAGCUAAAUGUGAGGUCUCAUGGCUGAGGAAAGGUAGACUCAAAUGGAAUACGUUCAAACGCUGGAUCGGCACAGACUGCCACCGUGGUCCAAAACGCAGUGGCAAAGCACCCAAUGUGUCUUCUAUGAGUGCAAGUGUAAGACAUCCUGAAGAUGAGGCUCCAGUGGAUAUCAAGAUGUUUAUCCCAUACGACUCUGCCAAGCUAUGCAUAACCCAAGUAGCAGAUGAUAUGAUUGCAAUGAAGAGCAGACAUCAGGAGAUGAUUCAAGAACUGGAGGAGAACUUUCUCAUUGCAUCACGAGAAAAUCAGGAAAAAACAGCUCUUAAAAUGAGGACGUGUUUCCAAAAUAAGCUUAACACCCUGAGGAGAAUCCUAGAUAUUUACCAGGAAAAAGUGGCCAGAAAAAAUGCAUACUGGGAGGAGAAGGUCAGGACACUAGAAGAUCUAAAUGAAAAACUUAAGGGGGAACACAAAAUACUUCAGGAGAGGAACCAAAAAGACUUGGCCUCAUGGGAUCAAGAAAAGAACAAGAUGAUGGAAUUGUUCUCCUCCCGACUGGACCUCCUUCACAACCACCAGGCAUCAACACUGCAGGAGCUGCAUUUGGCCAGGGCAGAGAUGGGGAAGGUCCAGGAGAUGCUCGAGGCCUUUCAGGAGAAGAAAGAACCUGAAAACACAUCUGAAGAAAAGGACAGUAGUGACUCAGAUGUACCACUAGACGGAGCACAAGCUCGUCUGGAGAUUUUGAAGGAGAACCUAUUGAAGAGGGAGAGAGAGAUCUCAAUGCUCAUGGAAGGACAAGAGCGUGUGACAGAACCUGUUGAACUGUCAGCAUAUGCUCGCCUCCUCAGUGCUGUUAUACAACAGGCUCAUUAUGUUUGUGCUGAGCUGACAGAGGCUAAACAACAAUUUGACCAAAUGGCAGAAGACAACAAAAAAAUUUACGCAAAGAUUAAAGAGAGUCUUGAGCAAACAGUGGAAGAGUCCUGCCAGAAGAGCCAUGAGGAACAAGAGGAUGCACAGCAGAAAAUGGCACAGCCACAGGUGGGGGACGGAUCACAGGCCAGAUUACUCCAUCAUGAGGUCAUACAGGUGGCUUUGGAGUGCAUCAGAGCAGGGGCUAAUCCAACUGUCAUUGAGACUGACACGACUGAGGCAUGGACAGCAGAGCUGGAUGAAAGAGUCAGAAAAUUUGAGGAGGAUUUCCGAAAGAAUGGAUUCUUAAAUUCUGAAACUGAUAAAAGUGUGGGGCAGCAGUUGUUGUUACUGCAAGCUGAGUUGAAGCAAAUCAAAGAUGAAAACAAGAAGAUUAUUGAAAACUACACAGCUGAAAGAACCUUGAGGAAGAAGUACUACAACAUGGUGGAGGACAUGAAAGGUAAAAUCAGAGUGUUCUGUCGAAUAAGGCCAUUGACUAAUGCAGAGCAGGCAAAAAGAUAUCACACCAUUGUCGCUUGUCUUGAUGACUACUCUGUUAUCCUGGAGACCCCUCGAGGACCUCGUGAGUUUCAGUUUGACAAGAUCUUCAACCCAGAGUGCACGCAGGAGGAGGUCUUCAUGGAGUCCAGUGGGCUAAUCCAGUGUGCGAUUGAUGGAUUUAACGUAUGCAUUUUUGCGUAUGGCCAUACGGGUUCAGGAAAAACCUUCACAAUGGUUGGAGACAGAGAUCGGAGGAACCCAGGAAUCAUUCCCAGAACUUUCACCAAGAUCUUUGAGAUCAUCCAGGAUAAUGAGUCUAAAUUUGAGUUUAAGGUUUCAGCCUACAUGCUGGAGCUGUACAACGAGCGCCUACAGGAUCUCUUUGUGAGCCCCACUGAAGCUUUCAGCAAGCGAAUCGAAAUUAAGAGGGACAGAAAGGGGCUUGUGUUCAUCCAGGGAGCAGAGACAAAAGAGGCAGCCAGCGCUGGCGAACUCUUUGCAUUAUUUGAGCAGGGCUGUGCAAACCGCCACAUUGCGGCCACAAAGAUGAACGUAGAGAGUUCCCGCUCUCACCUGCUCAUUGGCAUCAUGAUUGAGAGCCGGAAUCUGACCAAUGGGAGCGUGAGUUUCGGGAAGCUCAGUCUGGUGGACCUGGCAGGAAGUGAACGAGCAGCAAAAACUGGUGCCAAAGAUGACCAGCUGAAGGAGGCAAACUCUAUUAACAAAUCUCUGAGUGCCCUUGGAGAUGUAAUUUCGGCUUUGUCAAUGGAGCAGCCUCAUGUGCCCUACCGUAACAACAAGCUGACCCAGCUCAUGCAGCACUCACUGGGCGGCAAUGCCAAGACCCUCAUGUUCCUCAACAUCUCUCCCUCUGACUGCAACCUGGACGAAACUCUCACCUCACUCAUCUAUGCAACUCGGGUGAAAGCCAUCACCAACAAUGCUCAGAGGAACAUAGACAGCAAGGAAAUCGCUCAGCUGAAAGAGGUGAUUUUAAAAUUGAAAUCAGGUCAGCCUGUGGAAGAAGACGUGUAAAUCAUCAUAUAUCAUCUUAUCCAUCAUAUAACUCUAAGGAUAUGACUGUUUUAAAUUAGGACCGUUUCUACG